UCGGCGCCUGCGCUGGCAGCGCCUCCCGGAGCCUCCUCCGGCCUGGCACGGCCCGAACUGGGGGUGUCCCCCCCUUCCCAUCCCCUCCCCUCCCCGGGCUGCCCCCGGAGCCCCCCCAGAGCCCAGCGAGCCCCGCACCCAUGGGCUGAACGCAUCCGGCAUCUUCCAGCGCCGGGAGCCGCCGGCGCAGCCCGGCCUGGGGCUUGCGGGAAACAAAACCCGCACCCCCAAAAAUAAAUAACCCGAACCCCCUCGGCGUGGUGCUGGGAGGGGUCAGCGAGCCCCCCGGGACCCCGUGAGGGACCCCCCGCAUCGCCCCGAGGAGCUGCGGAGCCGCCGGCCCCGGUUUGAGGAGCGACAGAGCCGGGAGCAGCAGGUGCCCCCAUGGCGUCGUUCCGCAUCCGGCAGUACCAGGAGCAGGACUACGAGGCCGUCCGAGCUCUCUUCGCCCGCGGCAUGCUGGAGCACGCUCCGGCCGCCUUCCGGCACGUGCUGCGGGCGUCGCGGGUGCGCCUGGCGCUGCUGGCCGUCUUCGUGGCCGCGCGGGCGGCCGCCGGCUCCUGGGUGCUGGGGCUGGGCGCGGUGGCGCUGGCGCUGGUGCUGCUCUGGCUGCUGGUGCGCUCGGCGUGCGCCGAGUACGUGCGCGACGCGCUGGGCACCGACCUGUGCGACGUGGCCGGCGCCUACCUGCGCUCGCCCGAGUGCCGCUUCUGGGUGGCCGAGGAGGGCGGCGCGGUGGUGGGCAUGGUGGCGGUGGAGCCGGCGGGCGGCGGCGAGCUGGAGCUGAGGAGGAUGUCGGUGGGCCGGGAGCACCGGGGCCACGGGUUGGCGCAGGCGCUGUGCCGGGAGGUGCUGGCUUUCGCCCGCGCCCGCGGUUACAGCGCCGUGGUGCUCAGCACCUCCGUGGUGCAGGUGGCGGCGCAGCGGCUCUACGAGGGCGUGGGGUUCCGUAGGGUGGGAGCUUCCUACCCCUUGCUGCUGUGCACCUUGCUGAACUUCCAGGUCCUGCGCUACCGCCACGAUUUGGGGGAUGGCGCCAAGUAGGGCCCAAGCGGCGCCUGGAACGGGCAGUGCCGCCCCGGGAGGAAACCCAAACCUGGCAC